AUGAACCUAGACUGCAGUGGACGAGGCACAGAGUUCGGCAUGAGCACCGUGAGCUGCGGUAAUGGCAAACUUCGCCAGUGGCUGAUCGAUCAGAUCGACAGUGGCAAGUACCCAGGGCUGGUGUGGGAGAACGAAGAGAAGAGCAUCUUCCGCAUCCCGUGGAAACACGCGGGCAAGCAGGACUACAACCGCGAGGAGGACGCCGCCCUCUUCAAGGCUUGGGCACUAUUUAAAGGAAAGUUCCGAGAAGGCAUUGAUAAGCCAGACCCUCCUACCUGGAAGACACGGUUACGAUGUGCUCUGAAUAAGAGUAAUGACUUUGAAGAACUGGUUGAGAGGAGCCAGCUAGAUAUCUCUGACCCAUACAAGGUGUACAGAAUUGUUCCUGAGGGAGCCAAAAAAGGAGCAAAGCAGCUCACCUUGGAAGACCCACAGAUGACCAUGGGCCAACCCUAUGCCAUGACAGCUCCUUACAGCUCACUCCCAGCCCAGCAGGUCCAUAACUACAUGAUGCCUCACCACGACAGAAGCUGGAGGGAUUUUGCCCCAGAUCAACCACACCCAGAAAUCCCAUAUCAAUGCCCUGUGACAUUUGGUCCCCGCAGCCACCAUUGGCAAGGUCCAGCUUGUGAAAAUGGUUGCCAGGUGACAGGAACCUUUUAUGCUUGUGCCCCACCUGAGUCCCAGGCUCCUGGAAUCUCCAUAGAGCCAAGCAUAAGGUCUGCUGAAGCCUUGGCGCUUUCAGAUUGCCGACUGCAUAUUUGCUUGUACUACCGGGAAGUUCUGGUGAAGGAGCUGACCACAUCUAGUCCUGAAGGCUGCAGGAUCUCCCAUGGACACACCUAUGAUGCAAGCAACCUGGACCAGGUCUUGUUCCCCUACCCGGAGGACAAUGGGCAGAGGAAGAACAUUGAGAAGCUGCUGAGCCACCUGGAAAGGGGACUGGUACUUUGGAUGGCCCCAGAUGGGCUUUAUGCCAAAAGACUAUGCCAGAGCAGGAUCUAUUGGGAUGGGCCCCUGGCACUGUGCAGUGAUCGGCCCAACAAACUGGAGAGAGAUCAGACCUGCAAACUAUUUGACACACAGCAGUUUCUAUCAGAGCUACAAGUAUUUGCUCACCAUGGCCGGCCCCUACCAAGAUUUCAGGUGACUCUGUGCUUUGGGGAGGAGUUUCCAGAUUCUCAGAGGCAGAGGAAGCUCAUCACUGCCCACGUUGAACCUCUGCUAGCCAGACAGCUAUAUUAUUUUGCUCAACAAAACAGUGGACAUUUCCUGAGGGGCUACGAUUUACCUGAACACAUUAACAGUCCAGAUUACCACAGAUCCAUCCGUCAUUCCUCCAUUCAAGAGUGAGAAGCUAUCAAGACAAGUGAUUUUGUUUCAUUGUAAAUAUUUGACUUUGACAAGGACAGACAAUUGAUGGCCUCUUUUUCUUUAGAGGAAUUCAGCAGUGAGGGCCUCAGUUCAAAGUUGAAGACACCUACAGCAGGAAUGUAUGCAGAAAUUCAGCUGUAUCUGACUGACAUAUGAAACUAUUCCAGAAAAACAACGGUUGUCCAGAUCUGACACAUUUCCUAGCUCAGUGUUUCAUUUACUGCCACCAUGGCUUAUAACUGUGAAACUUGACCAGUGAUGUGUUUACAUUUAAACUCUGUCUUUAGCCUGGUGUAAACUGACUUGCUUGAAGACUGAAAAGCCUGUUUUGGUCCAUUUCUCAGGGAAGUAAAAUCUAAACUCAAGACUGUUCUGCCCAUCCCCAGUGAAAUGAAUUCAUGGACAUAGGAGAUUAGUUCUCAUGGAAUUUUGCCCAUUGAGUGAAGGGACUUGAAUCUUGGCCUGACAUUGGGCCACAGUGUCUCAUCUGUGCAGGGUCUCAGGAUGGACCUCUCUUCCCUGCAUCCCACUUGCCUCUUCUCCUUGGUCUCCCCUAGAAGCCAGUUCUAAACUCUGUUGCCAUUUUCUUGAGCUAAGAAUACUCUUAGAUGGGACAUUUUCAUUUGGCCUACAAGAUAAUGACCAAAAAUAUAAUUUUUUGUAUUUUCUUUUAGUCUCAUUCUUCAGAAUUAUUGCUAGGACAUUUUU